GGUUCAGUUGGCUUCAGUUGCUUUCAGUAUACUAUGCCGGUCAACAUAUCGUAGUUACAUGUAUUCUCUUUGUUUUUACCGUCUAGUCAGCAAAGAAUUUUGCCAAUUGCGUGCAUUUAAAAUUUUUAAUUAGCUUUUUCAUCAAUUUAAUACCAUAUUUAUAACUCAAUGCAUUUCAAAUUAUACUCAAUUAAUUAAAUAAAUACAAUUAAUUGUUAUCGUGAUAUUAAUGUUAUUUUAUAUUGAACGAACAAUUGGAAAGAGGUGAAAGAAUGUCCUCUGAAAGAUUUCAUAAGGCAGCUCGUGAUGGAGCACUGGAGAUCCUCAAAGAGGCAACGCGAAAGGACUGUAACACUCGAGAUGACGGAGGAAUGACCCCAACGCUGUGGGCAGCUUUUGAAGGCCACGUGGAUGCACUAAGGCUGCUCGUUGCCAGAGGAGGAGAUCCUGAUAAGACAGAUUAUUUUGGCAACACGGCGCUCCAUUUAGCAGCUGCCAGAGGGCAUGAAUAUUGUGUAAAAUUUUUAGUAAAGUUUGGAUGUAACAUCUGGUCGUUAGACAUUGAUAGACAUUCAGCACGGGAAUUGGCAGCUAUAAAUGGAAGGGAAAAUAUUCUACAAUUUCUCGACAUUGCUCAAGCGGAACAGGAAGCCACUAAUAGGAAGAAAAGCAAAUUACUACGUGAAAAGGCCGAAAAAGAUGCUGAGAAAAGAUUGAAAGAAUACGUAAAACGACAAAAGAUGGCUGAUAUAAAAGCAGAAAAAGAACAAAAGAAAUUGUUAAAAGACCGAGCGAAAAUGGACAUUGAAUCGAUAAAUGAAGACAGUAUUUUACCCCACAGGCCUAGUAUUUUAACUUUUAAAGGUAGAAUGAAGCCUUCACAAACUUUCAGUGAUAUUGUUGGAACAAUAUCGACAGCAUCAAACACGACAAGAAGACAUGGUAGUGCUGUUUGUCGUAAAGCACUUGCCAGGAAAGCUGUUGCUGAUGACUUUAAAGUUAUUGAGAUUGAAGGAGAUGGCAAGAGAUCAUUGCGAAGUUUGACAGGUCUGAGAAGGGAUUCUGAAGUGAUGUACGUUGGCACGUACGAGACUCAAGCACAGCAAAUCGGAAAACGUGGUAAAAUAAGUGAUGUCUGGGGUACUCUUAGUAAAGCUAAAAGUACCCCGGACUUACUUGGUGAUCGUGACUAUGAUGAAGAUGACAAUGAACCCAAUAGAAUAGGAAAAAAUAUCAUAGAAGAGGCAGUACUCUUUCAAGAACCAGCUAGCAUUUUUAACAGGCCUGGUUUUGGUUCUGUCGCUUUUAGAAGAUCGAUAACAGCGACACUUGAUAAUCUUCCAAUCACGCAACCAGAUCAUCAACGACAAACGUAUGUCAAUGAUUCACUCGACAGUGCAAUGAACGAGCGUAAAAAUGUUGUGAAUGGUCAUAACAAUGAAGAAAUAAGCAUUGGAAGUGCAGGGAGUUUAGCUAGGAGACAAAGCAUGUGGGAUGAUGAUCAAUUAUCCGAUGAUACAGAUGAAACUGAUGAAGAGUGGAGUCCACUACAACGAUUUUUAGUAGCAAACAAUCUUACGUCAAUUCAAUCAAUUCUAGAAGCUGAACAAAUUGAUUUGGAAGCAUUGAUGUUAUUGACAGAAAGUGAUAUUGCUGCACUAAAACUUCCCCUCGGUCCAAAACGAAAACUUACAAAUGCAAUAGCCAACAGAAAAGCAGCGUUAAAUACGCCAGAAAACAUAAUAAAAGACAGUAAAUUAUGAGAAUAUUAUUCAUAAUAAAAGGUGCUAAUUAUUUAAAUUCACUGAAAUUCAUUUUGUUUUGAUAUUUAUAAAUUUUCAAUUUGUAUACAUCAAUUUUAUAGAAACAAAUUUGAUGAAAUUAAAAAAA